AUGGGAUGCCAACCUUUCCAGGCCUCAGAAGAAAUAAUUUACCACGACUGGUGUUCACAUGCAUCGGGCAGAUGGGUGCCGUCCAACCGCUGGCACCGUCAGAUACCGACUCGCAUUUCGGUAGUCUUGAUUCAACUUGACCAGCUUCUCGCAUUUAUACUUUGCCGUCAUUGUCGAUUGUCUGAUUCCCUCCCAUCCCUUCGGCAACUGACUCGGUCGCACAGCAAAGUACCUUCCGCGGCUUGGAUUCAUCUGGCUGCAGGUCCAAUGACCGGUGCCCAAUCUCACGCCUUUUCAGGGGCUCCUCUCAGAGCUCCUCGUUUCCGAACUGCAGCAGAGAUGAGUCUGCGAAGGAAGUACCUCUAG